CGGCGGCGGCGACCGGCCGUCUGUCUGCGCGCAGUAUAUGACAGUACGUCAGCCGCGGGAUGGCCGUAGCUGCGGCGGCGGCUGCAGGAGCCCGAGCAGCCGCGGCCGCAGUGGAGGCCGGAGCCCGAUCGGCGGCGGCGGCACCCCGGGGAGUUUAAGAUGGCGGCGGGGGGGUCGGCGGGCCUGCGGGAGGAGCAGCGCUACGGGCUGUCGUGCGGGCGCCUGGGGCAGGACCACGUCACGGUGCUGCAUGUGAAGCUCACCGAGACGGCGAUCCGGGCGCUCGAGACCUACCAGCGGCACAAGAAUUUAACUCCUUUUCGACCUUCGAUUCAGUUCCAAGGGCUCCAAGGGCUUGUCAAGAUACCCAAAAAUGAUCCCUCCAAUGAAGUGCACACCUUUAAUUUCUACUUGUCAAAUGUGGGUAAAGACAACCCUCAAGGCAGCUUCGACUGUAUCCAGCAAACAUUCUCUAGCUCUGGAGCAUCUCAGCUUAAUUGCCUGGGAUUUAUACAAGAUAAAAUUACAGUGUGUGCAACAAAUGACUCAUAUCAGGUGACACGAGAAAGAAUGACCCAGGCAGAAGAAGAAUCCCGCAACCGAAGCGCAAAAGUUAUCAAACAUGGUGGACCGUAUGUAGGGAAGAGAGUGCAGAUUCGCAAGGCACCGCAAGCUGUUUCGGAUGCGGUUCCUGAGAGGAAGAGGUCGACCCCCAUGAACCCUGCAAAUACUAUUCGAAAGACACACGGCAGCAGUAGUGUUUCCCAGAGGCCCUAUAGGGACAGGGUGAUCCACUUACUGGCACUGAAGGCCUACAAGAAACCGGAGUUACUGGCACGACUGCAGAAAGAUGGUGUCAAUCAAAAAGACAAGAACUCCCUAGGAGCAAUCCUGCAACAGGUAGCCAAUCUGAACCCUAAGGACCUCUCCUAUACGUUAAAGGACUAUGUGUUCAAAGAGCUUCAGAGGGACUGGCCAGGAUACAGUGAACUGGACAGACGUGCAUUAGAGUCAGCUCUCUCUAGAAAAUUAAAUCCAUCUCAGAAUGCUGCCAGUACCAGCCGCUCAGAGUCUCCUGUAUGUUCCAGUCGAGACGCUGCAUCUUCUCCUCAGAAACGGCCGGUAGAUUCAGAUUUCAUCGAUCCUUUGAUGAGUAAAAAAGCUCGGAUAUCUCACCUGACAAAUAGAGUGCCACCAACUCUGAAUCCUACCAGUGAGAAGCUGGGUGCGGGUCUGCCGCCACCCCCAGUAGCCGCUGCUAUCCCCAGCCCCCCGCCGCUGCCUUGCACCCACCUGCCCGUCUCCAACCCUCCUCAGACUGUCGACUCUAACUCCAACUCCCCCAGCACUCCAGAAGGCCGGGGGACUCAAGACCUGCCCGUUGACAGUUUCAGUCAAAAUGGUAGCAUCUAUGAGGACCAGCAAGACAAAUAUACCUCUAGGACUUCUCUGGACACCUCAGCCCCCAGCUCGGAUCUCCUCAAGUGUCCAAAGCCUAUGGAAGAAAACCAUUCGUCGUCUCACAAAAAGUCCAAAAAGAAGUCUAAAAAACACAAGGAAAAGGACCAAAUCAAAAAGCACGACAUUGAGAUGAUGGAGGAAACAGAAGAGGACCCCGAAAGAGAAGAAGAAGUUGCCAAGUUCAGCAAUGCCAGUCCAGACUCCAGUGAAGGAGUUAAAGAGGAUCUCACUGCCUCCACAGAAGCUUCUUCCACCAUUGAACUCCCAGAUUACUUGAUAAAAUACAUUGCUAUCGUCUCCUAUGAACAAAGGCAGAAUUACAAGGAUGACUUCAACGCAGAGUACGAUGAGUACCGGGCCCUGCACGCCAGGAUGGAGACAGUGGCCAGGAGAUUCAUCAAGCUGGAUGCCCAGCGGAAGCGCCUUUCUCCCGGUUCCAAAGAGUAUCAGAACGUCCAUGAAGAAGUUUUACAAGAAUAUCAGAAGAUCAGGCAGUCGAGUCCCAAUUACCAUGAAGAAAAAUACAGAUGCGAGUAUCUUCAUAACAAGCUGGCUCACAUCAAGAGACUCAUAGGUGAAUUUGACCAGCAGCAAGCGGAGACUCGGCACUAGAGCCCAGAAGAUGUGAAUGAACUAUGCUUAUUUAUUUAGAAUUCCAAAUGAGUUGCUCUAAGAUUCUAAAAAGUGAAACUUUGCCUGUUAAAAGUUUCAGUAUUAGUGAACUUGAGUUACUUUCUUUUUCCUUUUUCCAUUUUACUUUGCUUCCUUGUAUUUUUGAAGCUGCUUUUUCUGAUCCUUCCCAUCCUCUCCUCCCCAUCCAACUUGUGUUUGUCUAUAGAAAUCAUUUCUCUUUAGAUAUUGGGGAUCCAGUGUCUAGAGUUCAGAUCACCUUUUUCUUUAAAAGCUGUGUCGUAAAGUGAUUUUUUUUUAAGAUGUUGGGGAUCCAAUGUCCACACUUCAAAGUCAAUGUGUGUUUAAAAAAAAGGUGACUUUUUUUUUGAGAUGUUGGGGAUCCAAUGUCCACACUUCAAAGUCAAUGUGUGUUUAAAAAAAAAACAAAAACAAAAAAAACCAGUAACGUGCAAGGUGAAAUGCUUUUGGAUAAACAUAAGCCUUUUUCUGACCUUUCUUAAUGCGAACUCUUUGCCUUAAAUGGUAGAAUAUUUAGAAAUUUGCACAAAAUACAAAAAAAAAAUGAAAACAUUGUUUUGGAGGGUUAAGAAAUAGAAAUGUGCGUGCGUGUGCAUGUGCGUGCGUGUGUGUGUGUGUGUGUGUGUGUGUGUAGGCACACAUGCCUGAAUCUCUACAGCCUGACUCGAUCUGGGAUGGUGAACCCACCCUGCAGGCUAACCCCCACUGCAAUGGCUGCCUUAAGGUGUUUGCUAGUCGUGUACAUAGUGUGGUUGACCAUUAGCUACACUGCUUCCCACUCGAUUCUGGCAAUGGGCUCACACUGUGGCCCCGACCUGUGUGUGUGUGUGGAGGCGGUGUGGGUGUGAGUGCGUGAAGGAAAACAAGCUGCUACUCUCAGUAGGCCAAACGCUCAGGUUAAACAACUGACGAGUGUUACCGUAGGUUGUGUUGUUGUCGUUGUUAAUUGUUUCUGUCCAAUCGCUACUUCUAUUGUGGAAGACAAAAAGCAUUUCCAUUUCAACAGUUUGUCAGCUUUAUUCAUGUUGGGUGAAACUGAUGUUCUGAAAAUAAAACAGAUCUAUAGUUUUGGGACAAAAUUAUAAAAAUUAAACGUGUAGGUUAACCUAUUUAUAUACUGCUAUAAAGUAUUUUUUGAAGAGAGAUAUGCAAAGAAGCUAUUGCCUACAUUAAAUGUAUAUUUAAAGAUUUUUUUUUUUUCAUCCUGGGUGCCAGGACUGUAAGAAAAGAACGGAUAUAUUUAACCAUAACAUACUGUGAUUCAUCAAACAGCACAAACUUUUCAUUUCCUGGAGUUUAUCUGUUGAUGUUGAUUUCAACUAUCACUUGUUUUAUCAUGUGGGAACAUAAGUUAUGUGGUCAAAAUUGUGCAGAUUUUGAGCUGAUGUUGAUUCAAGUUGUGUUGUCUCACCGUGUUGUUUUUUUCCAAAGUGCUGCCAACUAAAAAGGGAAGCAUUAUGUUUACAAAUCUGUUCUGAAAUGUUUGCCAAAAUUUUGGUAGUAUCUUUAAUAAAGAUGUUUGUCUCCAGCAUCCAAAAAUAAAUAAAUACCUUUAUUGUGUACCGCUGUAAACCAGAAAACGUGAGUAUCUAGAGAACAGAAAGAGCACAUAGAUGAACCUUUUUAAAUUUGGAGUUCUAAAAUAGUGACUGAAAAGCUAAAAUAAUGGUAAAAGUAUACAGAAGUAUAUAAACUGUACAAAGAUGGAAACUAGACCCUGUGUACUAUCAUGCUCUAACAUUACCAUGGAAAUUUAAUUUCUUCAUAGCUUGGCCCUCCGAGGAAAUUUUAUUUCUUAACAGCAUUGAGAUCCCUGGUGCUCUUCCUUACCUCUAAAUUGGUACAAUCAUUGCUAAAUGUUCACUGAUUUCAUACUUCAAGUUGAAAAAAAUACACUCGGAAAGGAAACUUCAUUUGGGAUAGAUUAGGUAGCACCUUUACCAUGAUAGAAUCUCCCGAAGGAUUUUUCUGCGGGUCAUGAGCUCCGUGGCUGUCUUGGCCUUCUUGUCGAAGAUUCUGCGCUGCUAUUUGCUAUGAGCGUUGUUUCUCCAAAGCACAGUGCUUGGGCAUCGCUUCACACAGAUUAGACUCGCUGGGUCUAUUCCUGUAUCUCAUCAUUUUCCAGAACAUCCUCUAGGUGACUUACAGCGCAGCUAAAAUGCAAGAACAAGUGCAAGUACUAAAUCUUUAAUUUUCUAAAUCUCAAAAUCAAACUGAAGUUCAGCUACAGGCCUUUUCUUUCCUCUUUUUUCUUCUUAUCUUGUUAAAUCCAUCUCUGUCAGCACAUACAAUUUAUCUGUCUCCACUACGUGAUAUGAGGCUCCCUCCCACUCAGCACACUGCCAACUCUUCUUUCAGAACUUAUUUACAGGCAAGCCUUCCAGUUGACCAUUAGUCUUUGGAGGUCCUACCCACAUACAUCAGCGCAUCUUCUUGUUUACAAAUUGGGUAAUAAUGGAGAUGCAUAUGAGAAUACAGCCUUGCACGCCCAUGGACAUGAGCACCUACCUAGAAAAGCCUUAACUUAGCUGUUGUGUGUAUUGGACAGAGCCUUGCAAACACUACCCAUCAGUUACACGUAUGAAAUUCUAGAUCUCUGAAUCUGCUAUUACCCAAGGCUACAUCCCUUUUGAAGAUGGGCAUGAGUCUCUUAAAUAUUUAUGAUUAUUCUUUAUCUCCUCCUGGAAGAUUUUUAGAUUCUCUGAAAUGUUUGCUUCAGGAAUGAACGGCCACUUAAGUUUCAUUUACUCUUGUGGAUAAUUUAGUUUCGUUUUUUUUUUUUUUGUCUUGUUUUUGAGAGUGUAAAAUAGUAUUGUCAAGAUGAAAUAGUGAGAUGUGUCCUUUUAAGAAAAUAUUUCAUCAAAUGAUUUGAAGCACUCUGAAGAUUUUUUCUGAUUCCCUUAAGUUAGCUCCAGGUUGAAUAAGCAGCUGAUUUAAACCCUUAACUUGAUGUGUUUGUUUUCCAAUGUGGGGAUCUCACCUCUUGUCAUUUAUUUAUUUCCCUUGGAAUUCUUUAGAAGGGUAAACUUUCAUCUAUCUGCACCAUUAGAUGUUUGCUUUUUCACAAAGCAGUUGAUAUUUAGUCUGUACCAUUGCUUUCCUGCCUUACAGAAAUUCAGUAUUAAUUUUCCUUCAUCUCGGAUUGAUUUUUGCCCUUCCUAAGUGUCUUCUUUUCCCUUAAAGUAUUUCUCCUAAUUUUUUAAGACAGCUACAUGCUUGCAUGUCGGAAGCAAGAUGUCCAAGUGAAGCUUCGCUACACACUGUCAGCUCUGACUCUGCUUCCCUGCCUCUCCCCUUCCACGCGUGCAUCCAGUGCUCCUGGAGCUUAGCUAAGACUCUUGAGCCAGAUCAUUGUCUUUCUAGCAGGGUGAGUGGUGAGUCACGGAUGCUUGUGUAUGCCUUUACUACCUUUAAAGUUCUUACAGUUUAUUACUUGCCUAAUUGUUACUAAAUCCUUUUCUUAUGUGGAUCGGAUGGGGGGAAAUUAUAGCCAGCACUUUGCAAGGAACCUUUUGGGAAAGAAUAUUAACUGACACUACUAAAUGAAGACAACAGAAGAUGUUAUCAAUGUUCUUUGUAACCUGAAAACUGAAUGAGGCGGUGAGGCUCAUUUCAAAAUAUUUUGGAAGUGUUAAAAAAAAAAAAAGAAAAAAUAUAUACACGUACACUGUUUCCUAGCUGUUCACCCAAACCAUGUCAGGACUCUUGAAAGUAAAAUGUCACAGGGAUUUGUCACUUGUUACUGAGCUCAGAAGCUGUGGUAACCCCUGUUCUACCCCAAUUUCAGUUCAAUAAAAAUGUUAACUUUGCAG